AUGCAAGAUACAAAAUACCGGCGCCGUAUACCCAUAGAUCGAGCCGGUGCAUUAUCAUCAUCAUCAUCAUCAUCAUCAUCAUCAUCGUCCGACCCAUCAAUUUACACUACAGAUGUACAAUCAUUUUUACAUAUUGAUGAAAUGAUUAUCCGUCGUCUUAUGACGACACUAUUUUUAACCGUUUUGCACACAAUGACAAAUAGUUUAAAUGAUGAUUCACAUAUAUCUCGAGAUUAUAUUAAUGUCAAUGUGGGCAAACGGGUACGAAUGGAAUGCGAACUAAGUAAUUCAACAAUGUCUGGUAAUAUGAAAGGUCUAUGGCUACGUUUAGAAGAUGCCGAAGUAUUUUUCUAUUCAACAAGUCGAAUUAAUUUAGAUCAACGUUUUCAAAUUGAACAACGUCCUAUUCUUCAUAUUAUUAAUGGCACAUCGUCAUAUGAAAUAAUGACAUAUUCAUUGACAAUUGAUGAUGUACGUUUAUCCGAUGAUGGGACAUAUUCAUGUCAAGAAGACAAUAGAAUUAUCAAACUAUUCGUUUUAAAUAUUGUUGAACGACCAUAUUUUGUCACUGAUACAUAUACAACAUUAUUACGUACACAGAUCGGAAAAAAUGUGUCUAUUGCGUGUGAAGCACAUGGCAAACCAAGUCCAUUUCUCAGUUGGAUAAAAAAGAUCGAUGACGAGCAACCAAAAACGAUGAUCAAUUGUACAACUACGCCUACCACCUGUCAAUUGAAUCUUUAUCAUGUUAAUCGUUGGCAUAAUGGAAUAUAUGAAUGUGUAGCAACUAAUUCCAUUGGUACAAUUGGUCGAUUUUAUACACUUGAUGUUCAAUUUCCGCCAGAUGUUUAUAGUCCUAAAGAAAAAACUUUUCAUUCAAUCGAUGAUACAAUUAUAUUUGAAUGUUUGAUUGAUGCUAAUCCGGAGCCGGAUAUACGGUGGUUACAUCGAUUCACCAAUGAUAUUAAUCAAGAAAUGGAUUUAUCUAAUCAAUUAAAUCAAGGAUUUUAUAAUCAUAAUAGUAGAAGAGAGAAUCAAAUCUUAUCGAUUACACAAGAAAAGAUAAAUGCAACUAGGUGGAAAACAAAUCUUUUUAUUAAACAUAUUCCAAGACAUUUUUUUAAUUCAAAUUUUGUUUGUCGUGCAACGAAUCAUUAUGGUCAAGAUGAACGAUCGAUAAAACUUAUUCAAAAUCAUUAUCAUAUUUCAAAAAAACAUCGUCAUACAACUACAACAACUACAACAACAAUAAUGACAACAACACUUGAUCUAUAUAAACAAUAUAAUGCAGAUAAAUAUCAAUCAUCUAGUACAACACAUUUUUUAUCACAUGAAACAAAUGAUAUUAUCAAUCGUUCACGAAGACUUUCUUCACAUUUAUUCUAUUCAUUUAUUAUAGGACUAUAUUCGUUUGUACAAUGA